AAGAAGAAGAAGAACAGGUGCCCACCGACGGCGGCACGUCAGCAGAAGCCAUGCAGGUUCCCUUGGAAGAAGAUGAUGAAUUGGAGGAGGAGGAGAUUAUUAAUGAUGAGAAUUUCCUGGGUAAGAGACCGUUGGACAGUCCUGAAGCCGAGGAAAUGCCAGCCGUCAAGCGACCACGGCUCCUAAGCACGAAAGGGGACACCCUAGAUGUAGUAUUACUGGAAGCUCGAGAGCCCCUCAGCUCGAUAAAUACCCAGAAGAUCCCACCAAUGCUUUCUCCAGUCCACGUACAGGACAGUACAGACCUAGCACCUCCGUCACCAGAGCCACCGAUGUUGGCUCCAGUCCCAAAAUCACAAAUGCCAAACACAAAACCAUUAGAAGCAAAAUCAUUUACACCUAAAGCCAAGACUAAAACUAGUUCUCCGGGACAGAAGACUAAAUCACCUAAAACUUCUCAGUCACCAGCAAUGGUCGGAAGUCCUAUUCGUUCACCAAAAACUGUAUCCAAAGAGAAGAAGUCUCCCGGACGCUCUAAGAGCCCCAAAAGCCCCAAGAGCCCCAAGGUGAUGACCCAUGUUCCCCAGGUACCUGUCAGACCUGAAACACCAAACAGGACUCCUUCCGCUACCGUAAGUGAAAAACUUAGUAAAGACACACUUCAGGUAAAACAAAUACAGACGCCCCCGGAUGCCGGCAAACUCAACAGUGAGAAUCAGCCGAAGAAGGCGGUCGUGACGGACAGAACGAUCGAUGACUCCAUCAAUGCCGUGAUUGCACGGGCUUGCGCAGAACUAGAGCCAGACCCUUUCGAGUUUUCUUCGGGAUCCGAAUCCGAAGGAGACAUUUUCACCAGCCCUAAGAGGAUCUCGGGCACAGAAUGUACGACUCCAAAAGCCUCCACCUCCUCCAACAAUCUCCCUAAGUCAGGGUCCACCCCUCUGCCUCUGUUGGGAGGGGCUUCAAGUUCCGACAAUUCAUGGACCAUGGACGCGUCCAUCGAUGAGGUUGUGCGGAAGGCAAAGAUGGGGGCGCCCACAAACGUGCCUCCCGGCUUCCCCUACAUCUCCUCUCCUUCGGUCUCCCCUCCCACCCCGGAACCUCUGCACAAGGUGUACGAGGAGAAGGCCAAGCUGCCUUCGUCCGUGGAGGUCAAGAAGAAAUUGAAAAAGGAACUGAAGACCAAAAUGAAAAAGAAAGAGAAGCAGAGAGAUAAGGAGAGGGAAAGAGACAAAAGCAAGGAGAAAAGUAAGGAGAAGGAUAAAGCGAAGGAGAAGGAGAAGGAGAGCACCAAGGAAGCCAGGUACCCGUGGAAGGAAUUCCUUAAAGAUGAAGAGCCGGACCCCUAUAAGUUUAAAAUAAAAGAAUUUGAGGACGUCGAUGCGAAAGUGAGGUUGAAAGACGGGAUGGUGCGGAAGGACAGAGACAAGCAUAAGGAUAAGAAGAAAGACAGAGACAAAGGCAGGAGGGAUAAAGAUAAGAGAGACCGAGAAAAGGUUAAAGACAAAGGGCGGGAAGAGAAGCUUCGAGCACCCGCGGCCCCCCUAGGGGUGCCCCCCAGGGACGCAGCCCUGCCCUUGUUCAGCCCCGCGGCGGCUGCCAGGGUCCCGGCCGGGCUGCCCGCCUUGUCCUCCAUGCUGCCCGAGAAACUGUUUGAGGAGAAAGAGAAACCGAAGGAGAAAGAAAGGAAAAAGGACAAAAAGGAAAAGAAGAAGAAGAAAGAGAAAGAGAAGGAAAAGGAGAAGAAAGAGAAGGAAAGGGAGAGAGAGAAGAGGGAGAGAGAGAAGAGAGAGAAAGAGAAGGAGAAACACAAGCAUGAAAAAAUAAAAGUGGAAUCCGUGCCGGCUGCCCCCAGUCCCGUCAUCCCCCGGCUGACGCUGCGAGUUGGAGCUGGCCAAGACAAGAUUGUCAUCAGCAAAGUGGUCCCGGCGCCCGAGGCCAAGCCAGCCCCUUCGCUGAGCAGACCCAAGACCCCGCCGCCCGCAGGUGUCCCAGCCCCCGUGCCUGUGCACGUGGCCCCCGCCCCGGUGCCUUCGUCCCUGCUCACGCCAUCAGCCGCAGCCCCCACCCUGCUGCCCGCCGCGGCCCCCGCCAUGUCUGGCGCCGGCUCGUCCAAGGCCCCGGUCCGCAGCGUGGUGACCGAGACCGUGAGCACUUACGUGAUCCGAGAUGAGUGGGGGAAUCAGAUCUGGAUCUGCCCCGGGUGCAACAAGCCGGACGACGGCAGCCCCAUGAUCGGCUGUGACGACUGUGACGACUGGUACCACUGGCCCUGUGUGGGAAUAAUGGCCGCACCCCCGGAAGAAAUGCAGUGGUUCUGCCCCAAGUGCGCCAACAAGAAGAAGGACAAGAAGCACAAGAAGCGGAAGCACCGGGCCCACUGACGCCCGCGGCGCCCGCCAGCCUCGCAGGCCGCGGCCGCCGGGGGCCGGGAGGCCCAGGACGCAUGCGCCGGCGCCGCCCCCGCGAGGCGGUGUCUGCCGGAGGGACACGUGACGGAGGGACCCGUGACGGGCGUCGACGGGCGCGCCCCCGCUUUCUAUUACCAGUGACGAGUAUUAUUAAUAAAAAGACCGUAACGCUCCCUUUUGAUUUCCUUCAUUCUCUCCAGGGCCCUUCCGUAAGGCGGUUAGACGAGAGGAGCGCGUGCGCGCCGCCGCCGCUGGCGUCCCGGGCCUCGGCUGCCCGCCCGCGCGCCGCCAAGUAUUUUUGUGACGAGAGUAUAUGACGCUUCCCCGUGCCCCGCCCCCCGUUUUUAGUACUAACAUGUAAAAUGUUCAGGCUUUUGUGAAAUACCUUCUAUUUUUUAAGAAAAAGGUUUCUAUCAUGUCCCGUUUGCUUUGGCGCAGAUUAUUUUUGUUGACUCGCACGCAUUUUCUACGUUGGCCGCAUCGCAGCCGCGCCCUUCUCGGAACGGCGGCGUCCCCUCAGCGCCCCGACCCGCCGUCAGCCUGUGCAAAACCUCCCAGGCCGCGGACCGCCUCCCCCGCUGUACAUAAUAAAUAUUUAUGAAGUAGUUAUUUUUUACAUUUUUACCGUGUUCAAUUCUGGCUUUCUCCGGGACCCGCCGUGGUUGCGGCCCCGCCUGUCGUCCCGGCUGUCGGGGCCCGGCGGGCGACGCGCACACAGGGCGACCCGAACCCGCGGUCUGGGGUCCGAAACGGUUCUGUCGUCUGUGCGUUUCUCUGACUGACUCUCAUUACACGGACGCCUAGAUGCCCCCCGAGAGUUCAAAAACGAAACAGAAAACAUACACUGUAGCAUUUUGUGUUUAUAUUGUUCUAUUUCUGCAAAUCGUUCAUGGAGAUUGUGGUUUGAGGCUGAAAUGAAGUAUAUUAUGAAUUUUUUUUUCUUAAAGAAAACGCAUCAAAUUUCAGGGUAUCACAAAACUUUAUUAUAUGACUAUACUGCCCACUAUUUAUUAUGUGUUAUAGAUGUCUGAGAGAGAAACCAAAUAUUUUAUUUUUAAUGUAAAACAUCAAAUUUAACUUUAUUAGCAUAUUUUAGCAACUUUGGAAUAAAUAUGGACUUUUACUUGAUUCUGAAAUAAUCCCGAUUUGGGCCAGUGUAAUGGAUAUCUUGAAUGCUAGAAUAUGGGCUUUGAACCUAAUACAAAUAUAUUAAUAGAAAUUGUGAAUUUUUUUAAUGCCAAGUAAAUUGAUAUUAGUGUAUGAAUUAGUCAUAUUUUAAAACUUAUUAUGUGGUUAGAGAAAUGAGGUUUUCUGCCAUGAAUGUUAAAUUGCAAAUCGGAAAUGGAGCCGACCUUUUAAGGGUGCAGUAUUUCUCUGCCCUCCUUGUUCUAGAAGCCAAAAUGUUUCUAUCCCUACAAGGAAACGAAGCAUCCGUGUUGAGAUAUGUGUUUUUUGUUUUCUUGAUUCGAGAUCAUCGUAAAUACUUUAUACAGUAUUUUCACAUGCACAAAUAUACCCAUUAGUGCUUUUUGGAGAGGGCUGGGGGGUGGGGAAGUGCAAAAUAAAGAUUAUUGGCUGUUU